GGAAGAAUAUCCAGGUGCUUUUAUGUUUUAAUAUCCAGGCCAGUGGAUUAUUUUGCUGCAGUAGUGGCCUUCAGAGCAAAUCUCUCUGCUACAUCAAAGAGACUGCAAGAAAUGUCCUGACCCCAGGUGACAUUUGUCUGAAAAACAAUCUGGGAUUUGUCUCUGUCAGUUUAUCCACGUCAGGGAGAGAAACAGCCCGAGCAGGUUAUCCCCUGCUAUCCAGGACCCCGCAGGGUCAGCCGGGGUCUCUCUCUUUGCCCGCAGCCAGCGGCUCUGCCCCGCUCAUCGCGCUGGAGCGCUACGAGCACGGGGGGAUCCGGGUGGCCUGUCGCUCUGCCGGCUGGUACCCACGGCCCCGGGUGCUGUGGCACGAUCCCCACGGGCGCCAUCUCCCGUCCCUCUCGGAAAACGCUACCCAGGACAAGAAUGGGCUCUUUGCAGCUGAGAGCAGCAUCAUCCUCACCAGAGGUGGGAACCAGGAACUCUCCUGCUCGGUGCAGCACCUCCCGCACACACCAGGACAGGGAUCAGCCCUUUACGUCUCAGAUCCCUUUUUCCAAGAUGCCCAUCCUUGGAGGAUUGCCCUGGGCGUGGUCCUGGUUGCUGUGGCUACUCUCCUUAUUAUCACUGUUUGUCUAUUUAAAAUUAAAGGAGAUGGGGCCACUGGGUCGUGCAGGCGCUGCAGCACGUCCAGGCCCCGUGGCCCUUCUGCCCUGGGGGGGCUGUAACUCCUGCUGGGGGUCCAUCAGUGCUCAUUGGAGGGGAUGAGUUUCUAAAUUCUUUGCAUUUCUUUCUUUUCU